AUCUACGAUGUUUCUACGAAGUUUCAAUGUGUUUAGGGUGUGUUUCCACAUUUUACACGUGGUAAAGCCAAGUAUUUUAACACGAGAAAUAGGGCAAUUUUGCAUUUAUGACUCAAUUUACAAGUAAUUAUUUCUUAUUCAAAUUAGCUGAACCAGAAUUUCCAAUACUUUUCACAUAGGCUUGUCAAUAAUAAAAGAACGAAAUGUAAUUCGAUUUUUAUAAAAUGGUUCCUUUCUUAUUGGCAGAUAUUGGUGAAGGUAUAACGGAAUGUGAAGUAGUUCAAUGGUUUAUUCAACCAGGUGAUAACAUUUCAGAAUUUGACAAAAUUUGUGAAGUUCAGUCGGACAAGGCUUCAGUAGAAAUCACAUCACGUUAUACAGGCGUCAUCAAGAAAUUACAUUAUAAUGUUGGUGAAAUGGCAAAAGUUGGAAACCCAAUUGUUGACAUAGAAACUGAUAGUUCCAAUGAGCUGGAGUCAAGUUUAAUCAAUUCAGAAGUUUCACCGCCAUCACCAUCAGCGCAAGUUCAAUCAAUCAAUAUAACAGAGCCUUUAAUUAGCGGUGAAAAAACUCACACCUUGGCAACUCCAGCUGUUAGACGUGUUGCACGUGAGCAUAACAUUGAUAUUAGUAAUAUAAAAGGAACUGGAAAAAAUGGGCGCAUAACAAAAGAAAAUAUUCUGAAUUAUUUUUAUCAAUUAUUUCAUAAAACAAUUGCGAAAACCACUCACCCUCAUAUUGAAGUUGUCGAAGAUAAGCUCGUUCCAUUAUCAUUUAUUCAAAAAUCAAUGUUUAAGACAAUGUCACGUUCAUUAAAAAUCCCGCAUUUUGGAUAUUCGGAUGAAUAUAUAUUGGAUGAUAUAAUUGCUUCUCGCAAUUUAAUUAAUGAUUAUAUUACUAGAAAUAAUCAAUUUUCCUUCAACAAAAUAUCUUUUAUGCCAAUUUUCAUUAAAUCAUUUUCUGUUGCAUUAAAAAAGUUUCCAAUUCUUAAUGCUUGUGUUAUUGAUGAUGAUGACGCAAAUACGGCAAAACUAAAAUUUCGUAGAUCACAUAAUAUCGGUAUUGCAAUGGAUACACCCGGAGGUCUUGUAGUACCGAAUAUAAAAAAUGUACAAGCAAAAUCUAUUUUUGAAAUUGCAAGUGAUAUACGAAGAUUACAAGAAGCAAGGGAAAAGAAUGCAAUUCCUCCAAAUGAUUUUCAAGAAGGAACUAUAACUUUAUCAAAUAUUGGAAACAUUGGAGGAACUUCCCUUUCUCCUGUUAUCGUUUCUUCAGAGGUAUGUAUUGCAGCAAUCGGUAAAUUGCAAAAAGUGCCACGUUUUGAAGACGUUAAGGAUGAAGUGACAGGACAAUUAGUUGAAAAAGUAGUUGGAAAGCAUGUCAUCCCUGUCAGUUUUAGUGCAGAUCAUCGUGUAAUAGAUGGAGCUACCGUAGCUAGAUUUUCUCAGGAAUGGAAAAACCUUUUGGAAAAUCCCAUUUUACUUUCUGCGGAAUUAAGAUAAGUAGCUUCAUAAUUAUAAUACAUGGAAUAAGUGAGAUAAACAAAGUUCUAAAAAAAAGUAAACAAUUUGAUCUAAUUUGACAGAAUAAUUUAUUAUAUUGUAUACCAUUAAAAAAAAUGAGUAGAUAAAGCUUACUCUUUUAGUUAAAAGUUUAAAUAAAUUAAGAAGUAACAUUAAUAAAUUU